UUUCGAAGGAGGCAAUUGCGUUUAUUAUAGAUUGUGCAAGAAAGUUGCCUAUUACAACACCUAAUUUUCAAGACCAAGUUGAAUCUCCUUAUUACGGUUCCAGUAGAUAUAAGUAAGUUAGGAAUAUUGAAAAGGUUUUCAUCUUUUCAAAUUUACGUUAUUGACCUACGGCUAUAAUUUCUUUUUCAUCAUGCCGUCUGAAGAAAAGUCUGCAAUUCCUUUUCCAGUUACUCAGUCUUCAAAUCCGCAGAAACAAUGGCUCCCUAAGUAUAUCAGAAUAAGCUUAUGUCUUUUUUCAGCAUGUUUCUUUGUCAUCCUUUAUAAAGGACCGCAAUUCUUCAUAUUUUCUUCAUUUUCGACUGCAGAGCAAAAAGCUCACUUUGUACUGACUCGUUUUCCUUUAAUUGAUGGUCAUAAUGACUUUCCCACUUUUAUUCGUGAAAAUUACGAUAACAAAUUGGCUCAAAGCGACCUUCACCAUACUACUGGUCAUACCGAUAUAAAGCGUCUUAGAAGUGGCCAUAUAGGUGGGCAAUUUUGGUCUGGUUUUGUUGAAUGUCCUCCACUCGCUCCAGAUAGCUUUCUUGCAUGGAAUAGAUCUGGCGAACAUGAAGCUGUUCAGCAAACCUUGCAGCAACUUGAUCUGAUUAAGCGUAUGAUUGACAAGUACCCUAGCGACUUCUCUUUGGCUACUAAAAGUAAAGAUGUAAAACAUAACUUCUUACAAAAACGCAUCUCAAGUAUGAUUGGUAUUGAGGGUCUGCACCAAAUUGCUGGAAGCCCAUCUAUACUACGACGCUACUACGAAUUGGGAGUGCGGUAUGCGACGCUCGCUCAUAAUUGUGAUAAUGUUUUCGCUGAUGCUGCUGUCGGUGGUAAGCAAACUAAUGGUGGAUUGUCAGAAGCUGGACGAGCUCUGGUCCGUGAAAUGAAUCGUCUCGGCAUGAUGGUUGAUUUGUCCCAUGUAACGCCCGAAGUUAUGCACCAGGCUUUAGAUGUUUCUGUAGCACCAGCCUUUUUCUCCCAUAGCUCUGCCAAAGCCAUCCAUAAUCAUCCCCGAAAUGUUCCUGAUGAUGUCCUUUUAAGGGUUAAAGAAACAGACGGCGUUGUUAUGGUCAACUUCUACCCUGCGUUUAUCAGCGCUACUCCUGAAAAUACGACAUUAGAGACAGUAGUAGAACAUAUUCAGCAUAUUGCUAAAAUUACUGAUUCUUAUCGCCAUAUUGGCCUGGGCGCAGAUUAUGAUGGUAUCGAAAUGGUUCCAAGAGGACUCGAAGACGUCUCGAAAUACCCAGCUUUAUUUAGCAGAUUAGCAGAUCUGGGACUCUCUGUAGAUGAACUUAUAGACAUUUCGGGUCGCAAUGUCUUGCGCGUCUGGAGAGCCACUGAAAAAGCAUCCCGUGAAGUACAUGAUCCACUUUUCGAAUGGGAAGAUGAUCUUGGUAAAUAAUUCGUUGUUGAUUAUUACUUAUGCUGUUUAAUAUCCAUACUCGUUGCCAAGUAAUGAUUCCUAGUACACUGUGUCACAAUGCUUUUGUUAAAUACCUAAUACUUUUAUCCACUUAAUACGAAUAGAAAUAUGUAGACAAUAAUGUAUUAGUUAUAAAUUAGUAUUAGUGAUUUCCAACAAUACUAAGCUAUGAUGUUUUACACCGAGGAAACGUCUGAUCCUCAAAUCCCUCUAGCUCUUUUUGCUGAAUUUUAGGGUCAAAAGAAAAAAGCGAGCG